GGAGGCGGCGGCCGCGGCGGCUGCUGCUGCUGCUGCUGGUGCUGCUGCUGCUGGGAGGCUGGUGACGGCGACCGGCGGCGUCCCAGGCGAUUUAACCGAGAGACUGAGUUCUCUAUAGAAACACCUGCAUUUGUAUGGAUGAUUGGGGAAAGAUAGCGGCAGCAGAGGGAGAAGCAUCUUGACCUUCCAAGAAAAUGAGUAUGCUGAAACCCAGCGGGCUGAAGGCCCCUACCAAGAUCCUUAAGCCUGGAAGCACGGCCUUGAAGACACCUGCUGCUGCUGCUGCUGCUGCUGCUGCUGCUGCUGCUGCUGCUGCUGCUGCAGCUCCAGUGGAGAAGACAAUACCCAGUGAAAAAGCCUCGGGCCCUCCUUCCUCUGAGACCCAAGAGGAAUUUGUGGAUGACUUUCGAGUUGGAGAACGUGUUUGGGUGAAUGGGAAUAAACCUGGAUUUAUCCAGUUUCUUGGGGAAACUCAAUUCGCACCAGGCCAGUGGGCUGGGAUUGUUUUAGACGAACCCAUAGGAAAGAACGACGGCUCGGUGGCAGGAGUGCGGUAUUUCCAGUGUGAACCUUUAAAGGGCAUAUUCACCAGGCCUUCAAAGCUGACGAGAAAGGUGCAAGCAGGCGAUGAAGCCAACGGCCUGCAGACAGCUCCCGGGAGAGCUGCUUCACCUCUGCCCGCUGUUGCAGCCACCGUGGUGUCGUCUUCUCCAGCCACUUCCUCAAGUAUUCCCCACAAACCAUCCCAGUCAACGGCAAAAGAAACUUCAGCUACACCUCAAAUUAGCAAUCUUACAAAAACCGCCAGUGAGUCGAUCUCCAACCUUUCAGAGGCUGGCUCUGUCAAGAAGGGAGAGCGAGAACUCAAGAUUGGAGAUAGGGUGCUGGUUGGCGGCACUAAGGCUGGUGUAGUCCGGUUUCUUGGAGAAACCGACUUUGCCAAGGGGGAAUGGUGUGGUGUGGAAUUAGACGAACCUUUGGGGAAGAACGACGGUGCUGUUGCUGGAACAAGGUAUUUUCAAUGUCAACCCAAAUAUGGACUGUUCGCUCCUGUCCACAAAGUGACAAAGAUUGGCUUCCCUUCUACAACCCCAGCCAAAGCCAAAGCCGCUGCCGUGAGGCGAGUGAUGGCCACCACGCCCGCCAGCCUGAAGCGAAGCCCUUCCGCCUCCUCGCUCAGCUCCAUGAGCUCUGUGGCCUCCUCCGUGAGCAGCAAGCCCAGCCGGACAGGACUAUUGACUGAAACCUCUUCCCGGUACGCCCGCAAGAUCUCGGGCACCACUGCCCUCCAGGAGGCGCUGAAGGAGAAGCAGCAGCACAUUGAGCAGCUGCUGGCUGAGCGGGACCUGGAGCGGGCCGAGGUGGCCAAGGCUACCAGCCACGUGGGGGAAAUAGAGCAGGAGCUAGCCCUGGCCCGAGAUGGGCAUGACCAGCAUGUUCUGGAACUAGAGGCCAAGAUGGACCAGCUACGCACCAUGGUAGAAGCUGCUGACAGGGAGAAAGUGGAACUCCUCAACCAGCUGGAAGAGGAGAAAAGGAAGGUUGAGGACCUUCAGUUCCGAGUUGAAGAAGAAUCAAUUACCAAAGGCGAUCUUGAGGUGGCUACAGUAUCAGAAAAGUCCCGAAUAAUGGAGCUAGAAAAGGACCUAGCGUUGAGAGUGCAGGAAGUAGCUGAGCUCCGAAGAGGGCUGGAGGCCAGCAGGGCUCCUGGAGAUGUGGAUGUGUCUCUUUCUCUUUUGCAAGAAAUAAGUGCUUUGCAAGAAAAGCUGGAAGCCACACAUACUGACCACCAGAGCGAGAUGAUGUCUCUGAAGGACCACUUUGGAGCUCGGGAAGAGAUGUUUCAGAAGGAGAUCAAGGCUCUACACACUGCCACUGAAAAGCUUUCCAAAGAGAACGAGUCCUUGAGAAGCAAGCUUGACCAUGCCAACAAGGAAAACUCAGAUGUGAUAGCUCUAUGGAAGUCCAAACUGGAGACCGCCAUAGCAUCCCACCAGCAGGCAAUGGAGGAGCUAAAGGUGUCCUUCAGCAAAGGGAUUGGAACGGACUCGGCUGAAUUUGCUGAGUUAAAGACACAAAUAGAGAGACUGAGACUAGAUUACCAGCACGAAAUAGAAAGUUUACAGAGUAAACAGGACUCUGAAAGGUCUGCGCAUGCUAAAGAGAUGGAGGCCCUGAAGUCCAAGCUGAUGAAAAUCAUUAAAGAGAAGGAAGACAGCCUGGAGGCCGUCAAAGCACGGCUGGACAGUGCAGAGGACCAGCACCUAGUGGAAAUGGAGGACACGCUAAACAAACUGCAGGAGGCGGAGAUAAAGGUAAAGGAGCUAGAGGUUCUGCAGGCCAAGUACAAUGAACAAACCGAGGUCAUUGGUAAUUUUACAUCACAGCUCAGUGCUGUCGAAGAAAAGCUCUUGGAUCUUGAUGCACUUCAGAAAGCCAAUUCCGAAGGUAAAUUGGAACUCGAGGCACUUAGACAGCAGCUUGAGGGAGCUGAAAAGCAGAUUAAAAAUUUAGAGAUCGAAAGGAACGCUGAAAGUAGCAAGGCUAAUAGCAUUACCAAAGAGCUCCAGGGAAAAGAGCUAACACUCACUAGUCUGCAGGACAAUUUGAAUGAAGUCAAUCAAGUGAAGGAGACUUUGGAGAAAGAACUUCAGACUUUGAAGGAAAAGUUUGCCAGGACGUCAGAGGAGGCAGUCUCUUUUCAGACAAGUAUGCAAGAUACUGUAAAUAAACUGCACCAAAAAGAGGAACAGUUUAACAUGUUGUCUUCUGAACUGGAGAAGUUGAAAGAAAAUUUAACAGACAUGGAGGCAAAAUUUAAAGAGAAGGAUGAACGAGAAGACCAGCUGGUAAAGGCAAAGGAAAAACUAGAAAAUGACAUUGCAGAAAUCAUGAAGAUGUCAGGAGAUAACUCUUCUCAGCUGACAAAGAUGAAUGAUGAGUUACGUCUGAAGGAAAGAUCUGUGGAAGAACUACAGCUCAAGCUUACAAAGGCUAAUGAAAAUGCAAGUUUUCUGCAGAAAAGUAUUGGGGAAGUAACUCUUAAAGCUCAGCAGAGUCAACAGGAAGCAGCUAAAAAACAUGAAGAAGAAAAGAAAGAAUUGGAGAAAAAAUUGUCCGAACUGGAAAAGAAGAUGGAAACAAGCUACAACCAGUGUCAGGACCUGAAAGCCAAGUAUGAAAAAGCCACUUCUGAGAGUAAAACAAGGCAUGAAGAAGCCCUGCAGAACCUCCAGAAGAUGCUGGUGGACACGGAGGAUAAGCUGAAGGCCGCUCAGGAGGCAAACAGAGACCUGAUGCAGGACAUGGAGGAGCUGAAAACCCAGGCCGACAAAGCCAAAUCGCUAACUUAUUUGUUAACAUCAGCCAAAAAAGAGAUUGAAGUGAUGUCAGAAGAGCUGAGGGGUCUGAAAUCAGAGAAGCAGCUCUUUGCCCAGGAGGCAAAUGCUUUAAAGUUAGAGAAAGGUUCUCUUUUAUCAAAGCUUAUAGAAGUGGAGACCAAGAUCACGUUGCUCCAGGAAGACCAACAGAAGCUGUGGUCAGUGAACGAAACCCUCCACUUAGAAAAGGAGCGGGUCUCGGAAGAAAAGCAGGUGGCCGAGAAGCGGUAUCAGCAGGAGCACCGGGACAGGGAGUCUCUGGUGGCUGAGAGAGAGAAGCUGCUUAAGGAGAUCAGUGUUGCCCAGGAGGAGCUCCUGAAGCUGCACAUGGAGAACGACUCCCUGGAAGCCUCCAAGGUGAGCAUGCAGGUGCUGAUCGAGGAGCUCCGCUUCUGCAAGGACAAGCUGAUGGCCAUGUCGGAGAAGGCCCGGGCGGACAAGGAGCACCUGGAGGGCCAGGUCAAGAAGCUCACCGCCGAGAACAUGGCCUUGAUCAAAGACAAGGAUGACGUCAUUCAGAAACUCCAGAGCGCUUAUGAGGAGCUUGUCAAGGACCAGAAGGCCUUGGUCCAAGAGAUUGAGGACCUCACGACCGAGAAGAAGUCAGCCGCGGAGAAGCAGAUGAGCCUCGAUAACACCUGCCUCACCCUAAAGGCAGAGCGGGAGAACCUUCUCCAGAGCAACAGAGACCUGCAGUUUGAGAAGGACACGCUGCGCCAGGGCCAGGAAAAGCUGAGCGCCAGCCUGGAGGCCACCCUGCAGGUCAAACAGCUGCUUAGCACGGAGGCAGAGACCCUGCGCACACAGCUGGACUGCGCCAGCAAAGCGCUGAGGAAGGCAGAGCUGGAUAUGAGACAGCUCCAGACCUCCAACGCGAGCCUCACAAAGCUGCUGGAAGAGAUUAAGACGUGCCGGGCGAUCACAGACUCCGAGUGUAUCCAGCUUCUCCACGAGAAGGAGAGCUUGGCGGCCUCCGAGAGGACGCUCCUGGCAGAGAAGGAGGAGCUGCUAAGUGAGAACAGAAUCAUCACCGAGAAACUCAACAAGCACUCGGAAGAGGUGGCGCGGCUGGAGAUGGGUCUGAACGAGAAGAUCACGUACUUGACGUCUGAGAAGGACAUGGCUUGCCAGAAAGUCGCUAGGCUGAAAAAGCAGCAGGAUAGCCUCUUGAAAGAAAAGUCAGCCCUGGAGAUACAAAAUGGAGAUCUACUUGCCGACAGGGAAAGUUCUAUGAAGACCAUAGGAGAUCUGAAAAGGAAGUAUGAUCAAGAGGCCACAAACAGACGGAUAGUUAUGCAGGAGAAGAUGAAGCUGCUGGGUAAUAUCGACGCUCUGAAGAAAGAGCUUCAGGAGAGAAAGAAGGAGAACCAGGAGCUGACGAGCAGCAAGUGCGACCUGUCCUUGAUGCUCAAGGAGGCGCAGGAUGCCAAAAAGAAUCUUGAGAAGGAACACACGAGCAUGAUGCAGGCGAAGGAGAACUUGAACGCUGAGCUGAAGACCUGCUGCUGCGAGAAAAACAUCUUGCUGAGGGAUGGCUUGAACCUGCAGGAGGAGUGUCAGAAAUUAAACGAGGAGAUCCAGGAAAUCCAACAGACGUUAAUCCUGGAGAAGGAGGCCAGGGCCAAGGAAAGCGAGACGUCUUUGUACGAGAGCAACAAGCUUCAUGGGAGAAUAGUGCUCUUGGAGGAGGAGGUGCAGGGGCUGAGGGUGUGUAGUGAGCAGCUCCAGACCGAGAACUUUACACUUACCCAGGAGAAGACCAACUCAGAGCAAAAAGUGGUGGAGAUCAUCAAGGAAAAGGAACUCCUGAGUGCAGAGACAGCUCAGCUCGCGGCUAACAUCGAGACCCUCAAAAGCGACUUCGCCGCCCUUUCCAAGUCCAAGUUGGAACUGCAAGAACUGCACAGCUGCCUCACCAAGAUCCUGGAUGACCUCCGGCUGAACCACGAGGUGGCCGUGGCCGAGAGGGCCGAGGUGCUUCAGGACAACAAGAACCUCCUGGCUGAGAAGCGAGAGACGAUGCUGAGAAACGAAGAGGUAUUGAAGGAGAAGGAGCAGCUGGAAGAGAGCUACUUCAUCCUACAGAAGGAGAUUAGCCAGCUGGCCCAAGCCAACAGCCACAUCUCAGCCAACCUCCUCGAGUCCCAAAGCGAGAACCGGACUCUGAGGAAGGACAAGAGCAAGCUUACCCUUAAAAUUAGAGAGCUUGAGACCCUUCAUUCAUUCACGGCUGCUCAGACUGCAGAAGACGCCAUGCAGAUCAUGGAACAGAUGACCAAAGAGAAAACAGAAACGCUGGCCUCCUUGGAGGACACCAAGCAAACAAAUGCAAAACUCCAGAACGAAUUGGACACACUUAAGGAAAGCAACUUGAAGACUGUGGAAGAGCUGAACAAGUCAAGAGAGCUUCUGAAUGAAGAGAGCCAAAAAAUGGAAGAAUUCAAGACAGAAAUAGAAACCCUAAAGCAGGCAGCAGCUCAGAAGUCCCAGCAGCUUUCAGCACUGCAAGAAGAGAACGUCAAACUUGCCGAGGAGCUGGGGAGAACGCGGGACGAAGUCACAAGUCAUCAAAAGCUGGAAGAAGAACGAUCUGUACUCAAUAAUCAGUUGUUAGAAAUGAAAAAGAGAGAGUCCGAGUACAGAAGAGACGCUGAUGAAGAGAAGGCGUCCUUGCAGAAGUCCAUCAGCCUUACCAGUGCCUUGCUCACAGAGAAGGACGCCGAGCUGGAGAAGCUGAGGACUGAGGUCACAGUGCUCAGGGGAGAAAACGCCUCCGCCAAGUCCCUGCACUCGGUCGUGCAGACACUGGAGUCUGAUAAGGUGAAGCUUGAGCUCAAGGUCAAAAACUUGGAGCUGCAACUCAAGGAGAACAAGAGGCAGCUUAGCAGCUCCUCAGGUAAUACUGAUGCUCAGGCGGAGGAGGAUGAGAGAGCCCAGGAGAGUCAGAUUGAUUUCCUCAACUCGGUAAUAGUGGACCUUCAAAGAAAGAAUCAGGACCUCAAGAUGAAGGUGGAGAUGAUGUCUGAAGCUGCGCUCAAUGGCAACGGGGACGAUCUGACCAGUUACGACAGCGAUGACCAGGAGAAGCAGUCCAAGAAGAAACCCCGCCUCUUCUGUGACAUUUGUGACUGCUUUGACCUCCAUGAUACAGAGGACUGUCCCACCCAGGCACAGAUGUCGGAAGACCCUCCCCAUUCCACUCACCACGGCAGCCGGAGCGAGGAACGGCCCUACUGUGAGAUCUGUGAGAUGUUUGGGCACUGGGCCACCAACUGCAAUGACGACGAGACCUUCUGAGGAAGCCGGGAGGGAGGAUGGGCUUCUCGGCCGCCGGCACCUCAGCAGCCUCGCAACAGCACUGCGUGUGCAGCUUCAGAAGAGCUCCUUAUUUUUUGACUCUUGUCAACAAAUCUGAGAAAAUAUUUUGAUCUUCAAUAAAUUUCCCUUUCAUUUCCCCUCGUAAGUUAAAAUAAUAAAUAUUUGGUAGGUGGGCUUGCA